AUGGUCCCGCCCAUUCCAGUCUUAUGCGUUUUCCUAUUUGGAGGGAAAGCUGUGGGUCAGACCAUUGUAGUGUAAAGGGAAGGAGAAAUGUGCGUAUGUUUGGUUCUUCCCUAUGAAGCCCAAAGCUGUAUGAGCGAUGUCGAUGGGGGAAAGAGUUCGUUCUCUCCUCUCUUCCAGGUGUCCAGUUUCCCUGUGGAAGUCCCCGGGGAGGUGGUUGAGUCCACUGCAAGCUGAGGGUGGGGCUUGUAAAUAAGUUUUUGUCCUGUGUUCCCUUCUAGGCUGAAUGAUUCCUCCCAAGGAAGCGCGGGGACGAAAUGUUAUGCGUUUGUUUUCUUUGGCUUCAUUAUACUUCUUCCUACAGAGAAACAGUAGUCUCUAGGAGCACGAAGGAGAGGGGGAACAGCUGGGAGACUUUGACCUCUGCACCCCGCCCGUAGGCUUUUCGUGUCCAAAUAGCCUGGCUACUAAGAGGAAGUGAAUGCACUCUCAUGGUCUGAUCCUACAGGGCUUUUCUCGGGUUUUUUCAGUGAACCCUAGUCCAUAAAUAUAUGUGGGGGGAGGGGGUAAAACAGAGAGGCUCUCCAUCCUUUACACUUCUCAAGACACCUGUACUUUGAACAGCUGCCUUACUGGUUGGCUGUUUCCUAUCCUCCUUUUCUUCAACUUUGGCAUCCUGCCUCCGUGGGGCACCAUGCCUGUCCAGCCCCUGCCCAAGGAGAUGGAGGCAGAGGGAGACUCAGCAGCUGACAUGAACGGCGAAGAAGAGAGUGAAGAUGAGCACAGCGGCAGCCAGUCAGAAUCAGAAGAGGAGAGUUCAGAGAUGGAUGAAGAGGACUGUGAGAGACGUCGCUCGGAGUGCGUGGAUGAGAUGAUGCACUUGGAGAAGGAAUUCUCUGAAAUCAAAGAAAAACUUUUCAAGGAGCGCCUGAGUCAAAUGAAGAUGAAACUGGAGGAUGUGAUGCUUGGGAAAGCAGCGGAGUACCUGGACCCCCUGGGGGUCUUACAGAACCACAUGCAGAUUCGAAUUGAAGUGGCCGGAAUCUACAGAAGCCUCUGCCUGGAAGUGAUCCACCACAAACAUCGGUGUGAACUUCAGGGAGCCCAGCAGCAUUUGGAGAGUGAAAAGAUGCUGUUGUUUGACACCCUUCAGGAGCGUUUGUUGGAACGGAUCCAGCGCUUGGAAGAUGAUAGGCACAGUGUGGGUCUUACGUCAGAAUGGUGGGACGAUAAACUUCGACCAAAGCAUAGCGCAAAGGAAUGGGACCCUCUCCGGUCAGGCAAGAGGAAGAAGCCGCCCUUGGUAUCUGGCCCAUACAUUGUCUACAUGUUGCGCGAUAUUGACAUCAUGGAGGACUGGACAGCCAUCAAAAAGGCUAAAGCUGCAGUGUCCCCUCCGAAGAGGAAGGUCGAAGGCUCAGUGAAGACGGAGAAGCUGCCAUCCCCGGCCCUGUUCUCAGCUCACUGUGAAGAUGGUCAUCUCCACUACAAAAACGAGGUCUACGUCAAAGGGCAGAGCAUCUCCUUGCAGGUUGGGGAGGAGGCACCUGUCCAGGCUGUGAUCACAGCCAUCAGCACUGGAGAAGUCUGGCUCCGCAGGGAAGAUGGUAGCAAAACCAAAAUCUACGUGUCCCAGCUCCAAAAGGGUAAAUACUCAGUGCACAAAGCCUAGCACCCAAUCAGGCUGCGGACUCGCGCUUUGCUCUUCCUUCUCCUGGAACCAGCAAGGCAUCUCCGAGGAAACCAAAGGAUCCCGAAGCAGCAGGGUGCUUUUCCCUGGGCCCGCCCAAGCUGGGAAGAACGGAGAAACUCUCCAGCCGGUUCCACCCUGCAGUUACUGGUGUUGCUGCGUCGACAGAUCAAGCCCCUGGUGUGGACUCCCUCCCCUGCUGUUUCUGCUGCAGUUUUCGUCGUGCUUGCCGAGCAUGCUCUUCCUCCGCUGGGGAAGGAGCGUGUGUUUGUGUGCGGCAGCGACUCCUCUUUCUGAAGAGACUUCCAAUAAAACACCAGUGAGAUCUUUUGCUCUUCCCUGCA